UUUCUUGUUCCCCACCAGAUGGUGUCAAUGAAUUUAUAAAUGCUCAAGCUUUUCGAAUUUUCUCUUCAGUUGCCAUUUGUGAAUAGUUUGUUUUUGUUUCUAUUUUCUGUGUUCAUCGGUAGUUGAGUUUAUCGAGUGAUAUCAGACAAAAUGCCCCCGACGACGGCAAGCUCGACUAUCGGGGAGACGAUAAAGUCGGUGGCCAAUCCAUCAGAUGACACCGAUCUUAAAGAAAAAAGUGAUGCUAAAUCGGGAAUGUACGAUGGCAUCGAACUUCAAAAACCCACAAAAUUGGGACCUUUUGAAUUUGAGAAUGAAUUGCUGUGGAAUUAUAUUAUUUUCUUCACCGUUUGGCACAGUAUAGCAAUUUAUGGAGCCCUCACAUUUCCUUACAUCACUCAUCCAUUAACAGCGCUAUGGAUGUUGGGAGUUUACUCUUACACGAAAAUUGGAGAAACUGCUGGUGCUCAUCGUUUAUAUGCUCAUAAGGCAUACAAAGCAAAAACACCACUGAGAGCAUUGUUGCUGUUAAUGUACUAUUCCAAUGGCACCUUCACAAUUAGAAAUUGGGUAAAACUUCAUCGGAUUCAUCAUAAAUAUGCAGAGACUGAGGCUGAUCCAACAAAUUCGACUCGUGGUUUCUUCUUUGCUCACAUUGGUUGGUUGAUGAUGAAGAAACAUCCGGAAAUGAUUAGACGCAAGCGACAAGUCGACAUUAGUGAUAUUAAAGCAGACCCACUAGUACGAUUCGGAGAUAAAUAUUUCAAAAUUUGGAAAUACUUGCUGUGCUUCAUUUUGCCCACUAUUGUGCCAGUCUACUGUUGGAAUGAAAGUUGGUACUAUGCAAUUAUGUCGCAAUGCUUUAUUCGUUACGUUUUUCAACUAAACGUGACAUUCAGUGCCAACAGCUUUGCCCACUUAUGGGGCCAUAAAAAGCCCUACGACAAGAACAUCUUUCCAACGGAACACAAAGCCGUCUCCAUUGUAACCAUGGGCGAGGGGUGGCAUAAUUAUCAUCACACAUUCCCUUGGGAUUAUAAGGCGGCAGAACUUGGUGACUAUUCAAUGAAUGUAACGACUGGCUUUAUCGACCUAUGUGCUAAACUCGGUUUGGCAUACGAUUUAAAGCAACCCUCCAAGGAUUUAAUCAAAUCAGUUUGCAAGAACAAAGGAGACGGCACUCAUCCUGUGUGGAAAGAGGUUUCAGAACCAAUUGCAGCUCACUAAAAAACUUUUCAUAAUACAAAUAAAAUAAAAUCUUCAUUUUUUCCCCCCUCAAGAAUUCAUUAUUUGUUUUACGAAAAUUCAAUUCGAGAAUAUCAAUUACAGUUUGAAGUUUUACACUCCCCUUAGAGAGCAUGUUUAGAAUUUUAUUUAUUUCUUUUUUUUCUUUUCCCUAUCAAUCAAUUUAUUUCCUUAUCAUUUAAAUGCUAAUCUGUCAAGUGAUUAAAAUAUCAAAUUCGAUUCGAUUUGAAGUGAUAGAACACGUGUAUUCUAUUCUCAAUGAGAAUUUACGAAAUCUUUUUUCGGUCUGCCAAAGAUUGAUAUGCGAGAAAAGACUGGAAAUUUUGUCGAGAAAAAAAAAUACAAGCGAAACAAAAAAAAAAUUGAUACAAUUUCAAAAUAAGAAAUUUAUUUUAUUAAUUACUAAAUAGGCAAUUUUGUAAAUCGUUAAAA